UGGGUUUGGAUUUGGGUUUCGGUUUUGGUUUGCGGGCUUUGCUUGGCUUGUGGCUGGAAUGAUGAAUGCCAGCGGCUAGACAAAGUGUACACACAAGUUCCACAGGGAGCAGUCAGCAGUCCAGUUGAGCCUUUGCCAGGACAGGAUUGUUUUCAGUCAACGGAAACUGUGCCAGAGCAGCUAGAAGAGAGAGAGAGAGCGGAGAGCCAUGGCCACCACAUCGAUCGGCGGAGUGGGCGUUGGCGUGGGCAUGGGCGUGGCAGCCGGCGGUGCUGUUCGUCGGCCCACAGCCAGGGCCACCGCGGGCAUCCAGAGACGCCGAGUGGUCAAGAAGCACAUCCAACAGAAGUACAUGCUCUGCGGCUUUGCCAUACACGCCUUUCUGGCCACACCCGCCUACCUGUACGGCAAUGUGGUGGAAUCCGACAAGGAUCUGGUGCUUAGAAUCUGGCCCGCCAUUGUCUACCAGGCCACCGGGGAGCUGUGCCGCUCCAUUAUGGAGCAUUUGGAUACGGAAUAUAGCGGCAGAUCUCGGGAGACCACACAGUAUCGGCGGGUCUUCCUUUUGGCCACCCUCAUUGCCUGCGUCUCGCUAAUGGUGGCUGGGAUAUUGUUCUCCUCCGCCUGGAUAGUGGUGACCACCACCACCCAGGUGGUGGCCAUUGUCUUUUACGGCUGCUUUGCAGGCAUUGGCUCUAGCCUGUACCUGUGGAAGACGCACGUCAUUUUGGAGGCAGUGCGUCCGCGGGAGGACAAGUAUGUGCGCAAGACAAUCCACCUGUGCGGCGAGGCUUUUUGCCAGCUGUUCCUCUCGUUCGUCUUCACCAGCCUUCGGACACUGUAUGGCACCGCCCAGUCGAUAGUCCUGAUGUCCGCCCUCCUGGUGAAUCUCAUACCGCUAAGCCUGAUCAUCACCAAGCAUCGGGAGGAUGCCUUUACCACCAAACGCAUCUCGGUAAUUAAGGCGGAGACGGGUUUCGCUGCUUUGCCGUUGAGAGCCGCUUUGGCCGCCAAUUUGGUGGCAGAUCAACUGGAUGGCCUGGACACGCUGUCAUGGCGUAAUCCGGCCACCGAAAUGGGUGCUUCGCCGGGAGCAGCAGUGGCCGCCGCCGUGGUGGACACGCACAGCAACUAUAUGCUGGCCACGGACGAGGCCUAUGUGACCUACGUGAAUCCGAAUGGUGUGGAGAUCAUGGAGAUCAUACCCGAGGAGGACGAGACGCUGUCCAUGAUGCGAUCGAGCAAUGCGACAAUCGACAACUAUGGCAUGUCUGCUUCGCAAACGUCGCACAAGUCCCUCUCCAAUGGACGCCUCUAUCCGCUGACGCCUCUAAAUCCCACGGUCACGGGAGCGGGAACCGGCAGCUCCUCCCCGCUGCCGCCCGACCAUGCCAAUCUGCAACGCAUCCGUCGAAUGUCGCGGGCGGUAACCUCGCAUUUGUGGUGGAAUCUGCUGGACAAGAUUGCCAUGCCGCUGCAGCAGGCGUUGCUAGUGCCGCAACUGUAUGCCACCACACUGCUGCUCUCGGCGGACAUUUUCAGCUAUGUGAUGUGCCUGACGGUGCUCCCGGGUUUGGCUGUCAGUCAUCAUGCCUUGAAGAAUGCCGAGAUUCCGUUUCUUUUCUCGCUGCUGGCCUUUCCCUGGAUGUGCUUCUCCCUGAUGACGCCACGCUUCGGGACGAGCCUCUACAAGCGCAAGCUUCAGUGGCACACGUUGGGCAGCCUCUGCAAGUGCCUGGCCCUGAUCUUCAUUAGCUUCUCCACCUCGAAGCUGCUGCUCAGCGUAUCUGCCGUUUUGCUGGGCUUCGGCCAGGUGGUCACCGCCUUUCUACAGGAGCUUGUCUUUCAGAUGGGCAUGACGCGGGCCAACUGGACGGCCAUCCGGCGACCCGUACACUUCACCAAUGGUUUGCUGGUGCUCCUGUGGGGUGCCCUCGCCCACUGGGUGGUGGAACGUUACUCGUUCCAGGCCACCGUUGGCCUUGCCGGCGCCCUUUACGGAGCCAGUUCGCUGCUCUGGAACUUUCUUUUCUUCUGCUGCCAGGGCAGGGAUUAGGAGGAAGCGGCGCGAUCUCGGUUAGCUUAAGCUCUGGGAGUAAAGGAUCUUGGGGGAGCCUAGUCUGUCUGUUGUUGAUCUUAAUGUUGUCGGUAGUUGUUGUACUUGUGCAGUGAUAUUAAUAAAUAACAAAAAUAUCUA